UGCAAGUCCGGGGAGAAAUCGUUGCUUGGAGAGCAACAGUUCUCAGCGCCCCGUAAAAUACGACCCUCGCCUCCUCGAGUGGUGCAUUGCUUUCCCCGUCUCUGGCGCGCUGGCUCGUCGGUGGGAUUAGAAGCUUCUUCUUGGCAGCGGCAGCAGCCAUGAAUUCAGCCGAGCAAACCGUUACAUGGCUGAUCACCCUGGGGGUGCUGGAGUCGCCCAAAAAAAGCAUCUCCGACCCGGAGGGAUUUUUGCAGGCAUCUCUAAAAGACGGGGUGGUUCUUUGCAGACUGCUGGAUCGCCUGCUGCCGGGUACCAUAGAUAAAGUUUAUCCGGAGCCGCGCACCGAGAGCGAGUGCCUGAGCAAUAUCCGCGAGUUUCUUCGGGCAUGCGGCGCCACUCUUCGCCUGGAGACCUUUGAUGCAAAUGAUCUCUACCAAGGACAGAACUUCAGUAAAGUGCUUAGUUCCUUGGUGGCACUAAAUAAGGUAACAGCAGAUAUUGGUUUAGGAAGUGAUUCUGUGUGUGCAAGGCCAUCAUCUCACCGGAUAAAGUCUUUUGAUUCCUUGGGAUCCCAGUCUUUACACAGUAGAACUUCAAAACUUUUUCAAGGCCAGUAUAGAAGUCUGGAUAUGACAGAUAACAGCAACCACCAACUAGUGGUAAGAGCUAAGUUUAAUUUUCAACAGACAAAUGAAGAUGAACUUUCUUUUACAAAAGGAGAUAUUAUCCAUGUUACAAGAGUAGAAGAAGGAGGCUGGUGGGAAGGAACUCACAAUGGCAAAACAGGAUGGUUUCCCAGCAAUUACGUGCGAGAAGUAAAAUCCAGUGAAAAACCUGUCUCUCCCAAAUCAGGAAGUUUGAAAAGUCCUCCAAAAGGGUUUGAUACAACUGCUAUUAGCAAAAGCUAUUACAAUGUGGUGCUACAGAAUAUUCUGGAAACAGAAAAUGAAUAUGCUAAGGAAUUGCAGACAAUGCUUUCUAGCUAUCUACGACCCUUACAAACUAGUGAAAAAUUAAAUUCUGCAGAUACUUCAUAUUUAAUGGGAAACCUAGAAGAAAUUAGUUCUUUUCAACAAAUGCUUGUACAGUCUUUAGAAGAAUGCACUAAGUUGCCUGAAGCCCAGCAGAGGGUUGGGGGUUGCUUUCUAAAUCUCAUGCCACAAAUGAAAAACUUAUACCUUAUGUAUUGUGCCAAUCACCCAUCAGCAGUAACUGUUCUUACAGAACACAGUGAAGAGUUAGGAGAAUUCAUGGAGCUAAAAGGAGCCAACAGUCCUGGGAUUCUUGUGCUGACCACAGGCCUGAGCAAACCUUUUAUGCGUCUAGAUAAAUAUCCCACAUUACUCAAAGAGCUUGAAAGACACAUGGAGGAUUAUCAUCCUGACCGACCAGACAUUCAGAAAUCCAUGACAGCUUUCAAAAAUCUUUCUGCACAGUGCCAAGAAGUACGGAAAAGAAAAGAACUUGAACUUCAGAUAUUAACUGAAGCCAUCCGGUGCUGGGAAGGAGAAGACAUUAAAACAUUAGGAACUGUAAUUUACAUGUCACAAGUCAUGAUUCAGUGUGCUGGCAGUGAGGACAAAAAUGAAAGAUACCUUCUUCUCUUUCCUAACAUUUUGCUGAUGUUGUCUGCCAGCCCAAGGAUGAGUGGUUUUAUCUAUCAGGGAAAGCUUCCAUUAACAGGGAUGACCAUCACAAAACUAGAAGAUAGUGAAAAUCACAGAAAUGCAUUUGAAAUAUCAGGCAAUAUGAUAGAGCGGAUAUUGGUAUCUUGUAAUAAUCAACAAGAUUUGCAUGAGUGGGUAGAUCAUCUGCAAAAACAAACCAAAGUAACAACUGUUGGGACUCCUGCAAUUAAACCACAUUCUAUUCCUUCUCAUACGCUUCCAUCUCAUCCUGUAACACCAUCUAGCAAGCAUGCAGAUAGCAAGCAAAUGCCGAUGACGCCUGUCUAUCAUACCCUUCCACACCCUUCACAUCAUGGGACACCUCACACCACUAUAAACUGGGGACCACUGGAGCCGCCUAAAACUUCUAAGCCAUGGAGUUUGAGCUGUUUACGACCUGCACCUCCAUUAAGGCCUUCAGCAGCGCUCUGUUAUAAAGAGGAUCUCAGCAAAAGCCCUAAAACCAUGAAAAAACUGUUGCCUAAGCGAAAACCAGAACGGAAACCAUCAGAAGAAGAAUUUGCUCUGAGAAAAAGUACAGCAGCAUUAGAAGAAGAUGCUCAGAUUCUAAAAGUCAUUGAAGCUUAUUGUACAAGUGCCAAAACACGUCAAACAUUAAACUCAAAAUUGGAGGCAUUCUUUACUUGACAGUCAAAAAGUGUUCUCCAGAUUUGUUGAAUGAAUGUGCAGUAUGGUUACUGACACUGCUUUGGCAAUGGGAACUGAAUCCAGUAAAUUUGGAGGACAACAGGUUGGGGAAGGCUUUUCUAGCCUCUCUACUGCAUCAUGGAAUACAUUGAGCAGUUUCUUCGGACUGAAAAGAGGUCACUCGCACAGAAAAUGAAUAGAGCUCCUGAUACUGCAUGGAUAAUGUUUCUGCUGAGAAUAUAUGUCUUUUUUUUGCUGUAAAGUGAGAAUCAUCACUCUGAACAGUUCUGUUCUAAUCUAAUGCUUAUGUAUAAUAAUUAUGUUUUCUUAAUUUAAUAGUAGUAAACAUGGAUGAUAAAGUCAUCACAGAAGUUUCCAAACUCAACCCCUAAAUAUAUGUUUACUAUAGCAAUAUUUAAGUAAAGAUAGUCUCUUUUGGAUGAAAAUCAUAUCUUAGACUUAUCCAUGUAAUGUAAGUGGUUUCCUUUGCCUUCUUACAGGAUUUUGCUUUUUCACUUUUAGGAUCUUUCCUGAUUUUUCAUUCAACUGGAUAUGGCCUUGCUUAGUUUUUCAAAAUUGGCCAGGGUUGCUGCUUAGCUAGACACAUACAAGUUUUCAAAUAGUAUAGAUGGGGAAUAAAUCUUGAUUGACUGAUUCGGUUGUUUUUAAUUUAUUUAAGCCAAAUCUCUCUUAUAAUAGUCAAUAUUAAAUGCUUGAUAUGGUUUGAUAUGGUUUACCUUUUAAAUGAUGUUUUUUAAAGUUCCGCUUAAACUAAGAAUGAUAGACCACUAUUCUGGGAAAUUUCGGCUUACUAUGUAUGAGCUGAGUCAGUGUUUUCCUGCUGAACAUUUCUGAAAUGCUUUAAUUUUAUUAUCUAAUUUGAAAACUUGGCUUAGAUUUUUUUUUACAUUCUGUGCAAACUAGAAUUUCUAAACUGUUAACUCCUAACGGAUAAUUAUGAUUUGUAUAAAAAACAGCACAAGGUUCAAGGUUUAAUUAAUAUGCUUAAUUGCAGGAAGGCAGCCUUCAAGUUACAUAGUUUUGAUAACAUUGUGGAGGGUCAAGGAGCCCCCUUCGCCCCACUUCCUGCUUGUUGUUUUACCAUUACCGUUAGCAAUGGUGAACCAGCAAUUUGGAUCAGGCUCUGUCUUCAUUGCAUUAGUGAAUGCGUUCUUGUGGUUGUGUUUGUAAUGUAUAAGAAAGGAGGCAUAACAGAUAUAUCUCCAAUUGUCUUCCAAGGAUUCAUCUGCCACCAGUGCAGCCUUUUAUUCAUUUAUCUUUAUAUAGAAGUCCUAACCCUAAGCUUUGUGCUAAACGAACAAUUGUUGUUUUAUUUAUUUGCUUAAGCUAGUAGGAGUAGCCAAGUAAGAGUGAACAACUGUAUUAAUUAACACAUGGCUCAUUCAUGGUAAGUCAGGGUUCCCCAAAAUCUGGCUUACUAUGGUUGUUUCUAUCAAAAACGGUAAUGAGAGAUAUGAUAGAAAAAUCCAUCUAUAGCAAAAAUUGUUUUUAUUAUAGUUAUUAAUAGUAUCUUUUUAUUUCUAUAUUUUUAAUAUUUUAUAUAUUGAGCAAAGCUGCUAUUUUCAGUUACUCAGAUACAUGCUCAACUUUCACUAUGUCUUGGGGACCCAGGUUAUUUUAAUCUUAAACAAGGCUGCAAUGGUGGAGAUCCUCUGUUGUAAGUAAAGCAUUGCAUCUAAUCGGACAAUCUGCCCGCAUGCGUAACCUGUACCUAAGGAAUACUCUUCUUGAUUUGAAUCAGUUUGCACAGUUUUGCCAUUAAUGAGGAAAGUGGUCGGCAGUUAAGGCUAAUUUUUCUUCAGAAUAGUCAAAGUUGGUUUGUACAGGAAGAAAUCAAUAUACACACUGAUAGGGUUUUUUGUCCAAUAUAUCUCUCUAAUGCUUAUUUUGGUUUUAGAUUUUAGACAAUAUAUAUUGUAGACAAUAAUUUAUGUGCUAAUAUUUGACAGUUAACUGUCACAUUCUUUUUUUAAAAAAAAUAACGUAAAGCUCUUUUGUGUAUCCUGUGAAUGGAGUUCGACUUAUUAAUAAUAGGAUUAAUUAUUCUAGAACUACUUUUGCUUUACUGACUUUUUUUUCCCUAGAACCUUAAUAAAAUACUUUGUAUUGUUAUGGAACCAUAGGCACGCAUGAUUGGUACUUAUUGAUAUAAAAUUAUCAUUGAUUUUAUGUCUUCUUGUACGGGCCUUUUUAUAAUUCUCUUCUAAAUCAGACAUUAUUAUUUAAUUUGAUACUAGCCCUACAAUUAACUGAAAGUUAUUAUGAUUCUAUAGAUGACUGAACUGAGUGGGACAAGAUGAAUUGAUAAUGCUUCAAAUGGUACAACUGUGCUAAGUUGGUGCUUGUCAUUUAAAUAUAUUUUUAUAUACCAAUAUGUAGAAGGUGAGAGAAGUCUUAUGUGAGCAUAUUCUUUUUAGUUCAUGCAAGUGUGUCCUUACUGAAACACAGAACUAGUGCAAAAUGCUUUUUGCUGUUUUCCCUUUUCUAUGUAUAUUUUAGAAGUAUACAUAGUGCAAGAAAUUUCAUUGCAUACAUCAAAAAAUUUACUGCUUUCAUUUGUGUUUCUCUGCAAUGGAAAAUGAUAAUAGCAAUUUGUUGCACGGCUUAUUUUUUCAAGAUUGCUGAUUUUGUUUAAACUAUUAUUUUUAAAAUCUACCCCCAUACAAUUUAACAGAACUUCACAAAAGCAAGUGUAUUUUAAGAGAUUGGGCAUUGUAAAUAAAUUCAUUAUGAAUCCAGGAGAUUAGAUCAUGUUUCAAUGUCCUUUAGUGUCUCUUUACCUCUAUGUUCGCAUUCUGCCUGUUCCUCAAAGUGCAGAUCUGGCAAUUCUGCUAGUAGCAUCAUCCUUUUAUCAUUUUGGGGGUGCUGCUGGGAAAUGCAAAUUCAGCAUGACAGGGCAAACAAUAAGAAGUAGGACAGAAGAUACUUUUAAAUUUUCAUAUAAAGAAACAUUAUUUGGAAAAUAACUUGGGAGAGCGGAGAUUUGAAGAGAAGUACUAGCAGAUGGCUUUCCUUUCCUUUGAUCUGUUUCUUGUUUAAAUCUCUGUUUUAGCUUGAUGACAAAGUUGUAUGCAAAAGUUUAGGUAACCUGGUGAAACUGUACAAUUUGCUGUAUCCCUGAAGGAACAGAAAUUGAUGCAUGUAACUCUCUAUUGUAAGAAGUAAAUGACAUUUUUCUGUGAAAUUGAAUGUAUCUGUACUAUUUAUGGGUACUUGUUUACUAAUUCAGAAUGAAAAAAGUGAAUAUGGCAAAUGCAAAACUUGCUACACUCUUCCUGUUAGUUUUCAAAUGUGUGUAGUUAGCUAAUACUCUCUCUGUUAAUGCUUUAAUUAUCAGGGUUCCUUUCUUCUCACUGUUCCUUACAUAACUUCUCUAGCUCAAAAAUGUUCUUAAGUCUCUUACAUGGAUUGCAUGUUUGAGAUUGACCCAAAGAUUUUUACUAAAGACACAGUAUAGUAUAUAAAUAUUUGUCUUCCUUUCCUGUAACUGCUUCUUGGUUGUUUUGAUGUGGAUAAAUGCAUAGAUAACCUUGAAGAAGACAUGCAGUUAAGGAAAAAUAAGAUAAAACUGAACUCUGGGAAAGGAGAAAGUUUGGGAAGGAAACUCAACCCUAUCUUGAGUCUGCUUGAUAUAAAAGAGGCAGAAAGUAAUUCUGGCUGGAUUUCAGGAUUAUGUCCUUUACAAUAAUAAGUAGCAUCCUAGAAUUCCUGCAAUGCCUGGUUCUUGACUGGCCUCCCUUUUUGGACUGAAAGUAUAUUUUGAUGCAUUGUCUUGCUAACUUAUCCAACCUAUUUUUACUUAUAAAACACUAUACAGUGGUACCUUGGUACUCGUUGAUAUUUUACUCUGAAAGAUGCGAUGAAUACUAAAACUGAUUAAUACUGAAAAGCCAUAUGACUUAUCACGUGACCCACAAUUUCAGAUGGAAGAAAUAGUGAGUCUUGAGGCACUUGACAUCAGCAGGUUCUUCCUUGUGCGUUGACUACUGGGAGAAAAAUGAGUGAUGGGUCAAGAUUUUUGCUUCAAAAUUCGUCGAAUACAAAAUUCAACAAGUUUUGAAGCAAUUGAAUGCUGAGGUGUCACUGUACAUAUUACAUUACAUAUUAUAUUUGGAAGCUGUUAUUUCUGCCAAAGGCAGGUUACAAAAAAUGUCUGGAAAGACACCCAAACUUCUGUACCUGUUAUAUUCACUGUUCUAUUUUAAAUAGCAAAUAUACAUUCAAGAUAUGUCAUUUUUAAUUUUGUUCCAUGGAGAGUUGUGUCAGCUUUAAGGAGUCAUACAGUUUGAGCAUGAUGCUUAAACCUCUGCAUAUAACUGGGCCUUUUCACAAGAUAAGAAUAUUCUGUUUCUUUGAACACAAUCCACACAUAAUCUUUCCUGAGUUUCAUCUUUUUGAUGGGACAAAAGAAAUACUUUUGCAUGGGGAAUAUGCCAUUCAUUGCAAUUAAAAUUAUCAUAUGGAAUAUGAUUGCACAUUCCACUAGUCUCUUAUUUUUAAAGAGAUGUUACAUUUUUUGGAUUAAACUGCUUUGAUUAGUUCAUUGUAUAUUUCAGAUUUUUAUGUUAAUUAUCAAUUUGAAUCCUGUGCUAUGGAUCUCCAACACAGGAGAUCUUACAUAGCAUCCUGUAGAGGGCAAGUGUAGCUCAACUCCUUAUGAUUAUGUGGACAUACGGUAUUCACCCAUAUAAUUGUUUCUGGCAAAAGUAGUGUUGUGCAUUGCCUUCUUCUGAGAUGAUUUUGAAUAUCUCAGAACCAAAAGCCUAAAGUCCUGCACUAUCAUGACGAUAUCCAUCCAAGAAUAACUAGUUAGUAGGGGCUACCCUAUUAUUUGUUUUAUGAAUUGUUUUUAGCUUUCCUGUUCUUUGUUUCUUUCUCUCUUGUAAAUCUUCCCUGCACUUCUUGUUUUUGAUGUAUUUCACUUUGAAAGGAAAUAGGGAUAGCUAAUAUUCAUAUUUUUUCUCCUGAAACAGAAUGAUCUUUUUCCUUCAUUAUAUGUGGACAAUAUGUGUCUUCACUGAACAGAUAAUUUCAGGAUUUCCAUUGUAGGCCUGUAAGUCUACUAUCAUGUGAAAAGGCCUUUAUAUAAUUUUGAAAGGAUUGGAAAAGCAGUAAGAAAAUCCAGUUCCAUUAAGCUGAGUAGUAGCUUGUCCUAAAUAUCACAGUGAAUUGUCUGGUUUUGUUUCACCCAUGCCCAGCUCCAUCUUCUAUAGAUGUGAAAGAGACAUUUAGGGCAGUCUCAAAUGGCCCUGUUCACAUGUACAUCCUAUAGAAAGCUGGAUUGAGAGCCUAAGGAGAAUGAGGCAAUACUAUGUGGUAAGCUACUUGGUGAGCACGUUUCCCCAUGUAACUUACAGUUUUAACUACUGCAAACCUUCUUUGCUGAAGAAUUCAUAUUAGUGUCACUAAAAGGCUGCAACUAUAUGGAUAAUGCCUGGGCACAACUAUUUUGGACACUGACUGUAUAUGCAAAUUGAUCCUAAGUGUCUUAUUUCUUUACUUUCACUAAAUCAAGCUGAUUAGUAUUAGUUGCAUGCAUAAAUAGUUGUCAAUUUCUCUUGGCAUUUUUCAGUUUGAAAAUUGUUUCUCUCAUAUUGGCACAUUCUCUUUAAAUUAAAAGUUCCUGUACAAGUUAAUUUUUUUCUCCCGUGCUUCUGGUCUGGACUAUUUCUAUAAAAAUAAGUACUCAUGAUAGUAAUUUCUGAUAGGAAUUUUGUGUAAGAUGGCAAAAUGCUAACAACUCCUAGUCACAUAUUUCCUUUUUCAUAAGGACAUUUUUCUAGUCCCCCCUGGGCAUUAUACCAGAUACAGAUGUAUAAAGAAAGCUAUCAUCAAAAUUGGCUUAUAAGGGGAAAAUGUACUAAAUGUACUAAAUAUGACUAGGUAGUAUUUUUUUUCAAUCUGCACAUUCUCCAAAUGUAUUGCAUUACCAAUGUCUCAAGUUGCAAGUUGGGGAAAGUUCAUACCGGCAUACUUGAGCAGAUUUUUUUCCCUGGAAAUAUCAUCAAGCCCAACUUUAAGAAUUGAUUCAAAAGACUUUUUAAAAAAAUCCUAAUGUAAUAGUUUCCCCCACUUUAAAAAAAACUUUCAUGUUACAGUCAUGGUUUCUUAGAAUAUUAGAAGCAACAUGAAAGCAAAUGCACAUUCUAAGCAAGAGUCCAAUUCAGAGAGUUCCCUUUUUUCGUCUAUAAAUGUAUGUGCCAAAAAUAUUUUGUAGAUAAAACCCAACCAAAAUAGGGAUUUAAAAGAUUUGGUGCUUUUUUAACAAUAUUUUCUCUUUUCCUUUUCUUCCCAUCACCUUUUGCUUUUAUUUUCAUCUGUUUUGGUUGUGGCUUAUCCUGUAUGUUCUCCUCCUCAUCACACCUCUGCCUGUCUCCAUCCUCCCUUUCAUUUCACCCAUACAUCCUUAGCAUG